UGCUUUGUGGAUGAAGGACCCUCCUGACCACAACUCUGAACUUGUGGUCUGUGCCAGUUCACACGUAGUUCAGGUUAUAGAGUCUGUUGCGAUUAAAAAUCAUCCCCGAAGUUUAUACACUUCGUGGCCAUGGUAAAGCCGUCUGCCCGUAUUCAGGCACUUUCGAACGGUGGGGCAGUAGGCCCUAUGCCAGGCUCAGUUGAGGAGUCGGACUUUGAAAUCGCGGACAGUGCAUCAAGGAGUGUGGACCACGAGGAGACAACCAAACGGAGAGGGGUAUGUCGAACAGCUGAUGAUCCUGACAGACUGGAAGUCAGGAACAAGAGGGUGUUAUUGUUCAGGGAUUUCACGUCUGAAACAUCCUUGCACGGUAUCAAGUACGUCGCGAACUCCAAAUAUCACAUAUGCAGACGCUUCAUAUGGCUGAUUCUCUUCUUGGCUGCUUGGACCGGCUUCAUCAUUCUCACCGCCGACCACUUUCGCACUUUCUUUGAGUUUGACACCACCACAUCAUUGAGCUACAUGCCUGUGUCCAAUCUGACCCUCCCAGCUAUCACCAUCUGUAACUACAACGCUUUCAAGAAGUCAGCCGUCAUCGAGUCUGGAUGGGAGUCUUUGGUUCCUCACCUACUUCCUUUCUUAACCACCACUUCUUUCCCCCAAAACGAAGUGGAUGUUACUUCUCCUGACUACGAGAAUCUUACCUUCCCUGAGUGGGAUUCAGAAGAACUUAGCACGAGAUGGGGGCACAGGAUCGAGGAUAUGUUACUGGAAUGUCGAUGGAAGCAAAGCUUCACCUGCGGUCCACAAGACUUUGAGAUGACCUGGACAGACUUUGGUCCGUGCUUCACAUUCAACGGGGGAGACGACAGGCAACCUGGGGGUGGUGAGUCACCUUACGUGGCAAAUGACUCCACCUCGGAGGAAGGGUUGUGGCUGCGAUUAAACCUUGAGCAACACGAAUACAUAGCUACACCGUUCGAUACGGCUGGAUUUAGGAUUUUGAUCCAUAGUCGAUAUGACUGGGCUACAUUCGUCAACCCUGGCAUUAUCCAAGCAGCGCCUGGCUUCACUACUAUCGUACCCCUUACCAAAAGAAUAAUUAAUGCCAAAAAAUACCCGUAUGUGACGAACUGCACAGACGACGGUCUGAAGUACUUCGCCACCUACACACCAAAUACGUGCUUGCUUGAAUGUAUGGCCGAUGCUGUCUUGGAGGAAUGUGGAUGUUACAUGGCGUGGAUGUCAGGAGGAGAUCAAGAAGUCUGCGAUUUCGCGACGGCUGCAGCGUGUGGAUUCAAUGCUUUAGUUGGUGUGAAUUGCACUUGUAAUAUGCCUUGCACUGAGGAACAAUACAUGACUCGCGUGAGUCACACAGCCACGCCCGCGCAGUAUGCCAUACCAAAACUGAGUGCCAAAUACAACAUGACUGCGGAAGAACUCAGAAACAAUAUUGUAGAUCUGUAUGUCUAUAUUGAGGACAUGAGAGUAACAGUCAUCGAACAUAAAGAGGCCUACGAUUUCGCCAAAUUAACAAGUGACAUUGGAGGCGAGCUGGGCCUGCUGCUUGGAGCAAGUGUCCUGACCGUGUUUGAAUUCUUGGAUUAUCUUGCUGUGUACCAUUUGUUGGGCCUCACACUUCUUAAGAAUUUCUGUCAGAGAAUCACGGGCAAAAGGAAAUAGUGUUUUUUUUUUCAAAAAUGCCCUUGUUUAUCAUCGGAUACGCUGACUGACCUCAUGUCCUACUUAGUUAAUGUUGCACAUGAAAUUGUAUAAAGUAUGCAUAUUCCAAAUCCUGUUGUUUGUAGAUUUUGUACAUCCUCAGAAAACCAUAUCAAAUAUUAUUAACCUACGGUGUAGGCAAUUCUUUUUGCUGAAUACAUCUUUUUUUCUUUUUCUUAUUAAUAUUUUAUUCAGUAAUCCGUUUGCUCAAAGAUAAUUAUUUUUAUUUCAAGGUGAGCUUAGCACACGAACAGUGGAAGCCUUCGUCUAUUCUAAUGGGGCUUACAUCUUAAAUUCUUGGAGCAUAAUGCAAGAUGGGACGAUAUCUAUAGGGGCACCCACACAUUUACGUUGUUUACAGUGAACAAAAUGAAACUUAUUUCCUGAUUGUAACUUUAUGUAUUUGGCUUAUCCACUUCACCCCUCAUCGAUAAUGAGUCAGGUCACAGCAAGAUCCGUCAUUGUCGCCACGCGCAAGGCUCCUUUAAUUACCGGUUUCAAGCGAGCUAGUUUACAACUGAUUCAUUUCACUUGUUGUCAACCAUAAGUAUGCUGGAGAGUCCUUUAUGUCUUGCACUCUGCAAGCACAACAUAUCAGUGCAGCUAUUUUGCAGACCUUGGUUUCGUACAACCAAUGUGACACACCUAACCACCCCCCCCCAAAUCUUCGCAUCCGAUGAAAAUUUGGAAAAAAGGAAGAAAGUAAAAGAAUUACAAUGUAUUGUGAAAAACAGACACAUAUACAUGUAUUUAGAGCCCCCCGCUGAGACACCCGGUUCCUUAUAGUAAUCAUCUCUGGGUUAACCUUGUUGGUAAAAUUGUAAAUAAUUCUGAUCUCAAUAAUUAUACCACUGUCAUAGCACUUAGGUCUGUGAAAUUGUUGCUAAAAAUGACCAUCUAUUGACAAUACACCCCUGACAAAUUACGUUGAUUUUUAUCCGUUGUGCACUGAGCGCGUGAUGUAAUGUGAUGUACAGUGCUGAAAUUAUGGACGCUAUCUAGUGAUCAAGGGAUGUCAUCCUGUUUUGCAAUACGUAUUCCCCAUUUCGAACCUCGGAGGUUUUAAAACUAUUUUGUAUCCUUUGCAGAUUGGGAGCGCUAAGAUUGUGGCCGAGCGACAUAUACAACACUAUCCCAGCUAUAUGGAAGUUUCCCCUUUAAAAGAAAGUAUUGUAUAUAUGUAACCCCCCCCCGUGGGAUAUUGUCCACAGCAAAGGACGAGUAUAUCCUCCUGACAUAUUUUUACUGGCGAGAACUACAAAGAGAAAGUACAGUGUAGCAAGACACGACUUCAGGUGGGGACUGUUUUUGAUAUCGGUUGUGUGUGUCUACUGAAUGCUACUAUGAUGCAUGGUCUUUUCUUGUCCGGGCUUCCAACAACGUUGAGUCACCUGUGAAACUGACUUCCUCACGAUGUAUUGAACUUUCUCAGUCUUCUGACAUGCGUUGGCACUCUCUGAUUUCAUAA